AUGUCAGCCCCUUCGGCCUACGAAGACGAUGGCGACCGCUUCAUUCCACUUCUUUAUCUCGGAACACUCAAUUCCCUGGGCAAGGAGGGCAUUAUGGUCAUACCAAUGGUUUUGGACGCUCCUCGAUGCCAUCCUUCCAGGGCUGAAGCAGACUGCCUCUCGCAAUCCUGCGGUCACUACGCUAAGAUUCCUGAUGGAAACUUGCGACAGGGGAAAUAG